GGAGAGGAGAGGAGAGGAGAGGAGGGAUUACCCUGACCUUUUUCAACUCACACUGCCUCAGACGGCCACCAAGCAGCUGAAGAGAGAGCAGCCAGACGGACCCAUCAUGUCCGACAAACCAGAUUUUGCAGAAAUUGAAACAUUUGACAAGACCAAGCUGAAGAAGACAGAAACCAGAGAGAAAAAUCCGCUGCCCACUAAAGAAACUAUCGAACAGGAAAAGCAAAGUGAAAGUACAGCCUGAGCAUAAAAUUGAAGAUGUGGCUGCUGCUUCUUCAGUGGGGUUUUGGCUUCUGAGUCGGGUUGUUGUUUUUUGUCCCUCCCACCCCAUAUUUGUUGCCCAUUUAUGUUAGGAAACAUUUGUUCAUUUAAUGUUCCCUGGAGAAGUUUGUUUUGUGUUUGUUGAAGAAUAUACCAUGUAUUUGUAUUCUUAAAAUUUUAAUUCCAAGUUCUGUAUCAACCCCAUUACUUAGCAAAAAAAGAGCAAUUUGCAUAGAAAUUGUUUUCCUAAACCUCACAAUAAACAGUUUCUUCUGAC